AUGAAAGCCAUUAUUCUUCUGUUGUCCGUUUUGACUUCUUCAGAGGCAACUGUAACGUGGAGGGAUUGUGUUCCCUCCAGCACUGCUCAUCCAUAUGUGACAUUUACAUCUGUCUCAAUUUCGCCUGAUUUGGUUGUGCUUCCUGGAAACGUAACAAUCGGAGUACAAGGGACAGUCCAUCAUCACUUUGGCAAAGAUGUUAGAAUGGUAGUUCACAUGGACAAAUAUCUCCUCGGAGUGUGGUCAAAGGUUCCAUGUCAUAGCAACGUUGGUUCUUGCAACUACGAUAACCCGUGUGAGUUUUUGUCAGCUUUUGCGACGUCAGGGACUUGUCCACAUCAACUUGAAGCACAUGGCCUACCGUGCACCUGUCCAUUUAAUCCAUCCGAUAUAAAUCUACCGCCGUCUGUUUUCGAGGUGACAAAAAUAAAUGCAGCCUGGAACUGGCUGGCCACGGGGAAGUUUCGAGUGCAAGCUGAGAUGAUACAUGGUAAUGAUAUCGUUGGAUGCUUCCAUGUCGAAAUGGACAUAAAAGUAAUCGGAGGUGGAUUUAUUUUUGGAUAAAACAAAAAGGAUUGGGGGGAAAUAAAUUUGCACUGUUCGAUAACGAAAAAUUGAAGCUUAAAUUGUGAUUAUAGUUUAAACAUCCUCACAAGUGUCAUCGAUUUUUGAAUCAUUUUUUAUAUCGUGCUGAUACUUCAAUAAAU